ACCCGCCACCCACAACGCCCUGAAGCGGUUUGCCUUUGAUUUUAUAGCUCUCAAUAAGCCCCGCCUUAAUAUCAUUCCACGAUGCAGCGUCGUUCGCAUCCACUCGGGCAAUUAUCUCGUUAGGUUUCUUCGAAGUCGUAAUGCUGCUCCUCUGGCCCCCGGUCUUCUGGACCGCUAGGCGAUGGACAAACUUGCCCUCGGCAGUAUUACGUCCUUGAUAAUCCAGACGAAUGUGCGCAUUUGUAUCGUUGUAUAAAGUCCAUUCAUGGUCAGGGAAAUGGGCUGGGAUAAUUGUGAAGGUAUUUAACCAGUCCCUAAAAUGCUUCUUGCCCAUGGCGACUGCGAAUAAAUGUAUCUGUAACGCAAGCUUGAAGUCAAAGAGGAAUUUGGAGGCACCUGAGGCUUUACUAGCGGGUUAAUAUAGGAACGUGUUCAUAAAAUUGGAGUGGAAGGCACUUGUAUACCAUGGCAUUCGUCAUUAUACCGAGGUCCAUUCGUGUUUUGAUCAUGCACCUACAGUGAGUAUCCUGCAGUCAGAUUU